CAGGGGCUCGAAGGACCUGCUCUGGCUGCCCCGCCGGGAUCGCUACCUGAUGAUGAUGUGCGAGUACGGACGGAUGAGCAAUCGCCUGCGAUGCAUCAUGGAGCACAUGCUAGCUGCUGCAUUGCUGAAUCGAACUCUCGUCUUCUCGGUGUACAAGAGGGGUCUGCCGUUCGCGGACGUGCUGGACAUUCCCCGCAUCCGGAGAUGUCUGGGUCCCGACGUGGCGAUCAGUCUGGACGACUUCGCACGUGCGCGGAGGCGGCAGAACAAAACCGCCGACGUCGACGUUCACAAGCCGUUCUUGCAUCCUUCCUACAACGAAACCAGAGUCGUUGAUGCCUUCAGAUCUACGACGGGGUUGGAGAUCCGUCGAUUCGAGCCCGGGGUUCCGCUGCCGCAGCAGGGGGAGGAGAGCUCCAAGCUCGGCGGCGAUGGCGGCGAUGGCGGCGAUGGCGGCGGCGCCGCCGAGAGAAGAAGAGAGCAGUUGGUCAAGCAAUUCGACCUCGCGGAGGAAGUGAUAACGGUGGGCGAGCUUUAUAGGAUAUGGCUGGGGGGGGAGGGAGAAAGGAUGUUUAAGGGGGAUGAACCGUGGGUGACCAAAUGCACAGGCCCCAUCCUUCGUCCGCAUGCGAGCAUUCUCGAGGCUGCCGUCAAUUUCGUUCAGACCUUUCUUGGCUCCGCAUUCGUCAGCGUGCAUCUCCGAAGGGGUGAUUUCCUCACCCAUUGUCGUAACAAAGGACUGGGGUGUUUUCUGCCUGUGCCACAAGUGGCCGUCUGCAUUCGCAAUCAAGCUCCCCCCUUGUCAUCGCCUUCUUCUUCUUCUUCUAAGACUUCUUCUUCUUCUUCUUCUCCUCCUCCUCCUCCUUCUCCUCCUCUAACGGCUUCUUCCUCUUCUUCGUCGUCUUCCUCUUCUUUCCCUUCUUCUUCUUCUUCUUCUUCUUCUUCUUCUUCGUCGUCGUCGUCGUCUUCUUCGAUGGCUAUGGGGAUGGCUAUCUUUCUAGCGACAGACGCUACCCGUCAAGAAGUCGAGGAGCUGAGCUUCUUGCUCCGCAAUGGGGGAGAACACCCCCCCAUCACAUUGGUACGGGUUCCGCCCAAUUUGGGGUCAUUACUGGCUGUGGGGGGUGGAGAAGAGCUAGGAGAGUGGGUGACGCCGCUGACGCCCAAGCAGCGCUCGGACGACGAGACUGCAGCGAUGUUAGAUCGUGUGGUCUGUGCGAUGUCAACGACCUUUUUCCACAGCCCCCACAGCACCUUCAGCAUGGAUGUGAGGCGCCUCCGCGUUGCACUGAAUACAACUGGGUGCCGCGAUGAUGUUCUGUGUGGAAACCAGCCCGCUGAUGUGGUCCGGGCCCCUUGGGAGAGCUGAAGAAAAGGAAAAAAGGGGAAAAAAAAAAGGAAAAAGAAAAAAGGAGAAAGGAAAAAGGAAAAAGAAAAAGGGAAAAAAAAAGAGGAAAAAAGCAAAAAAAGGGCAUUGCGUUGGUGGUGAGCCGGAGAGAACCUGCUGAUCGGCUUUCUUUUCUUCUUUUUUCUUUUUUCUUUUUUCUCUCCCCCCCCCCACCCCCUCCUGUUUCUUCUUGUUCUUCUUCUUUUUCUUGUUCUUCUUCUUCUUCGUCCUCUUCUUCUUCUUCUUAUUCUUAUUCUUAUUCUUCUUCUUGUUGUUGUUCUUCUUGUUCGUCUUCUUCUUGUUGUUCUUGUUCUUGUUCUUGUUCUUGUUCUUCGGGGAUAGAUCAUGGGUUGUGGAAACGAACAGAGAACGAAUGCAUCAUGCCCAGAAAUUGGUAAGAUGCAUUUAUUGCUAUUGACAGGAACGGAUGCAUCUUGCCAUUCUCUGCGGGAAGAUGCAAUCGUACUUUUCUUUCCGUUUCGCCAGCGGUGUGGCGAGGCCCAGAGUAUGUGGUCUUUAUUGUACGUAUUUGUGAAAUUCUUUUUUUUUUUUUUUUGUUUGUUUAAUUGUGGCCCGAUGGACCACAGAUCAGAUAUUAAACUGAUCAGAACAGAUACAGUGCACUUGGUCUUCGUCAAAUAGUUGGACAGACAGACUGAUUUUUUUUCCGGGUCAAGUUCAGAUCCAAUGAAUGAUCCCGUGUUUC